AUGCCUCGCUUCUCCAAAUCCCCCAAGGUCGCAAUAAGCAUGCGCGGAGAGAUCUGUGUUGGCUUUGCCUCCCUCCUCUCAUUCGUCUCCAUGCUCCUUCUCAUCUUCGUUCAUGUCGGGCAAAUUAAUACCUCGACUGUUCCUCGCAAUAUUGCCAUGGUCAAGGUCAACAUGAGUGGUUAUGGGGAAGCCCUCGAAACAUUUAUUCUCAAUCCUGUGUUUGGACUGUAUACCGACAACGCUAGCGCUCCCCUCCAACAACAGGCAGGCGUACGAGAACUCUACGAAUUUGGCCUUUAUUCAUACUGCGCCUAUGUCGACGACGCGCAUGGUACAUGCAGCAAUCAUACCACUGGACAACGAUACACCCCAUACGACGUUAUCACGGCCGACAUGUCUUCUAAUUAUUCCAUUUUGACCGGUCCCUUCAUCCCAGAAACGACCUUCCGCGACUCCAAGUAUCUUGGUCAGUCCUCUAGGGCUGCUUACUGGAUGCUUCUCCUAGGCACUAUUUGCGCUGCAUUGGCACUGAUAACCGGCAUCGCCAAAAACAACUGGACGUUCUUCGUGUCCGCGAUAUUUUCGAUCGCCGGAAGCCUCUUGCUCUUGAUCGGGGCAGCGAUCUGGACAGUGAUUAUCAAGAAAUCCCAGUCGAUCAACAAUAUUCUCCUCAGGUUGCCCAACUCUAACACAACAGUAGGCCUAGGAAUCACUGUGUCAGAGGGCAACGGACUGUUCAUCGCAUGGGCUGCGUUCGUUUGCCUAUUCCUGUCCAUUAUUCCGUAUAUGCUGAGUUGUUGCACGUACCGAGGAUGA